AUGACUUCCUCCAACGAUCAAGAGCUCAACUCGGAGCUAGAGUCGUUCCGCCAGCAGUGGAUCUCUGAUCUCAGGACCAGAAACGAGGACCACCACGAUGAGCAGCAGUCUACGGCUGGAUCCUCGCGACGGCCUCACCACGGACCUCCUGUGUCGCACAGGCAUGUUCCUCCUCCUGCGGGGGCUGACGAUAACGACGAUGAUUACCUGCAGGGCCAAUCUUUUGAUGAGCCUGCGCCUGAGUCGCCGACUUUGAGCAGCCGUCCUGUUGGUGAAGUGCAUCAUGGACGCUCGGGGAAGAAGCUCGUUUCGGCUCUUGAUCAUUAUGAGGAAGCUAUGCACAAGGAGGCUCAGGGCAACAUGGGUGAUAGUUUGAAGCUGUACCGCAAGGCUUACCGGCUUGACAAUGGUGUUGAUCGGAGAUAUCGAGAGAAGCACUUCCCACAAAAGGCGGCGCCAAGGCCAACUUCACCAACAGCCACCAGGGCAGCUACCGCCACCACAUCACAACCCAAGGCCGAUGAAGCCGAAGAAGUAAAGCCAUUGCCCAUCGGCGAGCUCAUCGCCAGCUUCUCCAGCCUCAAGAUCGAGCCUCAGCCGCCCCCUGUUGAGGGCAUGCCCCAGCCGCCAUGCCCCCUGGCUGAUCUCCCUGAUGAGAUUCUUGUCCACAUCCUCCGUGAUGUAGCCAUCGCCGACGUUGGCGACUUUGCCCGCUUAUCUAGGGUCUGCAAACGGCUGGCUUACCUCGUAGCAACUGAGCAGCGCAUCUGGCGUCGAGUUGCUAUGGGUUCGGAGGUUGGCUUCAGCGCCAUGUUGUACCGCUUCGAAAGGGGUAUUGAAUGGGAUGACCUCCCAGAAGAGGAGCAAGACGACAUUGAGAUUGUCGACGGCGUUGUCAUAAGUCCUGCCGAGAUAGCUCAACGGCGACAUGCCGACAACCUCGCCUUGACAGAGUCCCUCACACCCUCUGUCUACCCAACCUGGAAGAAUCUCUUCCGCUCACGACCGCGCAUCCGCUUCAACGGCUGCUACAUCAGCACCGUCAACUACGUCCGUACCGGUCAAAUUUCUACCAACCAGACAUACUGGGGCAGUCCCAUCCACAUCGUCACCUACUACCGCUACCUCCGCUUCUUCCGCGACGGCACCCUCAUCAGCCUGCUCACCACUGCCGAGCCCUCUGACGUCGUCCACCACCUCACCCGUGAGGACCUGCACCUGCACCGCGACGUCGCGCACCCCCACCUCCCCUCGGCCGUCAUGGCCCUUGCCUUGCGCGGCCGGUGGCGUUUGUCCUCCGCCGCGGACCGGGACGACCCCUCCGUCAUGGAUCGCCCCACGAUCGCCGCCGGCCCGCAUGAUCGGGACCGCGACCCGGAGGGCGACGUCUUUGUCGAGACCGAGGGUGUUGGCUCCAAGUACAUGUACCGCAUGGACUUGUCGAUGCGGAGCGCCGGUAAAGGCGCCCGCAACAACAAGCUCAUCUGGCGCGGUUUCUACAGUUAUAACAAGUUGACGGAUGAUUGGGGAGAGUUUGGCUUGAAGAAUGAUAAGCCCUUCUUCUUUAGCCGGGUUAAGAGCUAUGGAUUCAGCGAGUGA